AUGAUCGGUAUCAAGGCAACACUUCUGCUCCUCGCCACUUCUACCAUUGGGGUGCAGGGGCAGACUUCAAGCAAUGGCACCAGCCCAACGGGCUCUCACUGUGUACGAGGGGCUACCUACUGCGGCUAUAUCCUGCUCCAUGAUAAAGACUACACCAGCGACCAGAUUGUGAAGGCCUACUGCCAGGGCAGGGGCAAGUGCGAUUCCGAGGGAGUUCCUAAGGACAAAGACGCGUGGAAGCACACCCUCUUCGUCUGUCUCCCAGACGGGAAGAUUCCAAAGCACAAACUCAACCGCCGCCAUGGGAACUUUGACUGCACGGAUUCUGUGGAUACCCAGAUCGUGCCUCUUGCGUACUGCAAGGCCCCCGAGGGUUCGUCUGGCUUGCCCGACGAUGAUAUCUGCCUGAACCCCGAAGAGAACCGCAUCGGGCGAUGCUGGGAGCCUGGAAAUCUGGACUAG